UUCAAAUGAGCAGACAAAGAGUGUAGUUAUGCACACACUAAGCCUGGGGUGAGGCAUAUGAAAUUUCACUAAAUAGAUUGGUCCAGCUUACUCUGUAGUUGUAAAUUCAUCUUAAUGAAGAACAAAAGAAAAGUAAAAGCAUGGAACACACAUCCAUGAUCCACGGUCAGAUUCUUUUCCCAUAAGAAAUUUCCCCUCAAAUCGCCAGACAUGAUGCAGUCGACAGCAUAAAUUCUCCUCUCUGUUCUGCAAGCAAACUCUUUAAAAAUUCCUUUCAAAAGUCUCCUGCUCCUUAAUCUGUGAUCUCCACACUUCUUCUUUGUUUAAUACCCUAUUUAGCACUAAGCAAAAACAACUAAUAUAUAAUUAAAGAAGAGCAUCCUAUUCUUUUUCUCCUUCGGCAGUUCAGAAUCCACAUCCAACUUUCAAGUCUGAACCCUUCCCUUCCUCGAACACACAGAUCGAACCCACCUUUUUUUUUUCAGGUUCUGUAAGCUAAUACACAGUUCAUAGUUAUUCAGUCUAUAUAUUUACAUACAUCUCUCUCUUUUUUGUCAAUAUAUACUUGUGUGGAAGCGGAUCGAUGUUAUGGGAAGCAUGAUGUCAUUUUUCAAAAGCAGAAGCAGCAGCCGCUCAAUAUCAAGAAGCACAACCAGCGACACUGGCGGCAGCGUGACUAGGAGAACGUCAUCCUAUGGUUCGAAGAAAUCAUCAAGCAUGAGUAGUACCAGUGGUGAUAAAGCUGCACAUACAGGAACCCAGAAGAAGCACAAGUACGCAUAUAUUCCUGAUAACUUCACAUCCAUUGAACAGGUUACAGAUGCAUUGAGAAAAGAAGGACUAGAGUCUUCUAAUCUCAUUGUUGGAAUAGACUUCACUAAAAGCAAUGAAUGGACAGGCAUGAAGUCAUUCAACAAUCGAAGCCUACAUGCCAUUGGCGAUGUACCUAAUCCGUACGAAAAAGCUAUCUCUAUAAUCGGAAAAACUUUGUCUCCCUUUGAUGAAGACAACUUAAUUCCUUGUUUUGGCUUUGGUGAUGCUACCACUCAUGAUCAAGAGGUGUUCAGCUUUCACACUGAUCAUUCACCCUGUCAUGGUUUCGAAGAAGUCUUGACCUGCUACAAAAGAAUAGCUCCUACUUUACGAUUAUCAGGGCCAACUUCUUAUGGACCUGUAAUUGAGGCUGCAAUGGACAUUGUUGAGAAAAGUGCAGGUCAAUACCAUGUGUUAGUUAUCAUUGCAGAUGGCCAGGUUACAAGGAGCAUCAAUACCAACGACAAGGAAUUGAGUCCACAAGAGGAGAAGACAAUCAAAGCAAUUGCAGAUGCAAGUUCCUAUCCACUCUCCAUUAUUCUUAUUGGAGUCGGUGAUGGUCCCUGGGAAGACAUGAGAAAAUUUGAUGACAAGCUCCCUGCACGAGAAUUCGAUAAUUUUCAGUUUGUUAAUUUUACGGACAUUAUGGCUAAACAAACAUCUGCCUCUGAGAAAGAGGCUGCUUUUGCUCUUGCUGCCCUCAUGGAAGUUCCACUCCAGUAUAAGGCAACUAUCGAAUUUGGUAUUCUUGGACGUAAAACAGGGAAAGGGAAGAGAACAGUUCCACGCCCUCCACCAGUUCCAUACGUUCAUCGUCCACCUCCGACUCAUGAACCAAGUGCAAUCUCAGCACCUGUAGGGAAUGACCGCGAUGAAUUGGUCUGCCCGAUCUGCCUGACUAAUGCAAAGGACCUGGCGUUUGGCUGUGGACACAUGGCCUGCAGAGACUGUGGAGCAAGAUUAUCCAACUGUCACAUAUGCCGCCAGCCAAUCCGCAGCCGUCUCAGGGUUUACUCUGGAUAACUGCACAAAUGGAGUUAUACGUUCAUCAAGUUGUGUAUAUCUGUUCUCUGGAGUUGUUCAGACUCCCAGAUAUCUAUUUGUGCCAGAUUGUAAACUCCUGUUUUCUAGCCCAAAGUUCUGCUUCUACUUCCAUCCCUGUUAUGUAUAUAAGUAUAUAUUUGGUUUCUUUAAAUCACUAGAAUUCUAACUUCUGCUUUUCUGCUAGUUUUUAUCAAAAUCCAGCUCAAGGAACAA